AGACGAUUAUUUAUGCGCAUGACAUUUUAUUUCUUUAUCAAAAUGGCAUUAAACGUACAAGUAAAAGUACAUCCCGUUGUAUUAUUUCAAAUUGUCGACGCUUAUGAAAGGAGAAAUGCCGAUUCUCAUCGAGUUAUCGGCACAUUACUCGGUACUUCCGAUAAAGGAGUAAUAGAAGUAACAAACUGUUUCUGUGUCCCUCAUAAAGAAUACGCUGAUCAAGUAGAGGCCGAAUUAUCCUAUGCUAUGGACGUUUACGAUUUAAAUCGAAGAGUAAAUUCCACGGAAACAAUCGUCGGAUGGUGGGCUACUGGUCACGAAGUUACAAAUCAUAGUGCUGUUAUCCACGAAUAUUAUUCCCGUGAGUGUAACAAUCCUGUUCAUAUAACAAUCGAUACUAGCCUACAGAACGGUCGUAUGGGAUUAAAAGCUUACGUUUGUGUUCCCCUUGGAGUCCCAAAUGGAAAACAAGGUUGUAUGUUUACAUCGAUACCAAUCGACGUGGUAUGUUACGAUCCCGAGGUUUUCGGACUACAACUUUGUCAAAAAACGAUGUUGACAGGAUCUGCAAGGCCGAGGAACGUUAAUCCCAUGCUGGAUAUUAAUCAAGUAUCAGAAGCUGGUAGUAAAAUGAGCGUGAUGUUAGAUCAAGUACUCCAAUACGUCGAGGAUGUUUUAGCCAAUAAGACGGUUCCUAACAAUGCUGUUGGUAGAUCUCUAUUGGAUCUGGUCAAUUCUGUACCUCAUAUGAGCAAUGAACAGUUUUCCGAAAUGUUUAAUAGUAACGUUAAGGAUCUUUUAAUGGUUAUCACUUUAUCUCAACUUAUUAAGACCCAAUUACAGCUGAAUGAAAAAUUAACUUUAUUAACAAACAUAUAAAUAAAGGUUUUUCAUGAUUUGUAUUUUAUUUGGAAUUAUUUUUACCUUUUAUUACCUUCAAUUUGGAACAUUUGGGAAAUGUGCUUGAUCAAUAAAUGUUGAAAUAAAUUAUUUGGGUGUUUUGAUUAUAAUUUCUAAUAUUCAGUGCUUUGUGAAAAAAAAUGGUUAAAAUGGAAUGGAAUGAAAUAAAACUUUGUAAAAAGUUGACAUGAAGUGAAACUUUUUGAAAGAUGCAACGGAGUGAAAUAAAAUGCAAAAUUUUUAUUUAAAGUGAAAAUUUUUGGUAAAAUGAAUAGUGCAGCAAAAAACUUGGCAUGAAGUGAAAAUUUUUGGAAAAAUGCAACAGAAUGUAAUAAAAAUAUGUGAAAUUUUGAUGUGAAGCGAAAAUUUUUGAAAAAGUGCAACAGAAUGUGAUAAAAUUAUGUGAAAAAUUGAGAUAAAAUGAAAAUUUUUGGAAAAUUGCAACCGAAUGUAAUAAAAUUUUGUGAAAAAUCGAUAUGAAGUGAAAAUUUUUGGAAUAAUGCAACAGAACGUAAUAAAAUAUGUGAAGCGAAAAUUUUUGAAAAAAAGGAAUAGAUUGGCAAAAAAAAUAAGAUGAAGUGAAAAUUUUUGAAAAAGUGCAACAGAAUGUAAUAAUAAUAUGUGAAACUUUGAUGUGAAGGGAAAAUUUUUGAAAAAAAGGAAUAGAUUGGCAAAAAAAUUAGAUAAUGUAAAAAUUUUUGGAAAAAUGCAACAGAAGGUAAUAAAAUUAUGUGAAACUUUGACGUGAAGUGAAAAUUUUUGAAAAAAUGCAAAGAAUGGCAAAAAACUGCAAUUUUUUUCUUCCAAAUAAAAAAUCUUACAGGGUGAGGUAUAAUAAACGACUUGAA